AAUAGUAGAAUCGAAGCAUAGUCGCUGCUUCACUUCUUCUUCCCCUCCAGGUUAAGACAGCUUUCUGCGCUAGAUUACCGUGAAAAUGGAGUCUUUUUAAACCAUAUAAAUCUAUUGCUUGGCACUACACUCCAAAAUUUCUUCAAAACCAUGGCUACAUUUCUCAUUUUCAGGUCCACAUUACCCUUUUGCUUCCUGAUUUUCUAUCUCUUAACCCUAUACCCCAUUUCUAGUCAGUCACUUGUAACCCUAAUCACUGGUAAUCCCAACUUCGAUCCCCAAAUUGUUCUUCUCGGAGACGCCACGAUCUCUGAUGAUGGCUCUCGUGUGCAAUUAACAAGCCCGAAUGCCUCAAGUUCUGGUCUUCUCUUGCACAAGAAUCCCUUCAAAUUUCUCAGUUCCAAUGCCGGGAAAAAGACAUCGUUUUCCACGGAGUUCGUCUUCUCAUUUACAGGUAAUGCCGUUGGUCUCUCUCUUGUUAUGGGUCUCUAUAAUUUUGAAUCGAAAUUUCUGGGUCAAGGUCCGUUGAAUGUUUCAGAAGAGAAAGGGUAUCUGUGUAUUAAAUUUGGCGUUUCAACGGAUAGCAAUGUAGGUGAUUCUAAUACUAUUAUUGUAUCUGUAACUGUCGAUAAUGAACCAUCCACUCAUUUUACCACAAAGAGUGGAGAGAAACUGAGGUCGUGGAUUGACUAUGAUGCAAGUUCCAGAAGAUUAGAGGUUAGGCUAAGUAAAUUGAGUGAUAAAAGACCAUAUAAUCCGAUAAUGGCAUAUUCCAUUGAUCUGUACAAAAUGUGGGAAGAUAAUGAGGUUUAUGUGGGCUUAGGUUCAAAGCACAAUGGCAACUUAUCAGAUAAAAGUUAUGUGUAUUCAUGGAGGUUUAGGUUAAGGAAGAUUCCUUAUUGGAUGCAUUCAUUGCCGGUCAAUCCAAAUGCUUCUAAGGACAAUAGUAAUGAGAUUGUAAAAGUGCAAAGAAGGAAGUUUUGUCCUUUGACAAUUCUUGCUGGGAUGAUUUUUGCAACUGGGUGUGGAGCAUUACUGGCAUUUGCGGUGCUAUUUGCAUGGGCGAUCUUUGUCAGUAGGCGCACGGUUUUUCCAAUUGACGGUGAUGUGCAACCAGUGGAUUUCAGGUAUCAAAAGGUCUGUGUAGUUGUGGAGAAAGAUGAGAAGGUACUUAAGAAUUAGGCAUGCUGUGUAUCUACUUUUGUUGUGAAUUUAUUUGGCAUUAGAGCUUGUAGUUAAUGAAAUUCUACUAUGAAUUAAUGUUGUUUAUUUGUUGUUGUUCUUAUUGUACUAACUCAUGUAAUGAAAGGCUUAGUUUCUUUUGUGCA